UCUCUAGAUAUAUGUAGUUUAAGGUUAUGACAGGUUGAGUCAGGUUUAGUUGGACUAGUUGUCUUUGUGUUUAGCCAAUGUUUAGGUUGAUCAUGGUCCGAUCUGUACCUUUAUUUUUACGUUGACACAGUACUUUUAAUGCUUAAUAUUUUCCGCAAAAGUAGCUACGAUGAAUCCAGUUGUAGAUCAGGUCUUGGCUCGUGAUCUGCAUCGAAAACUGAAUGGUGUUGGUGUAACUGAAAAUGCUAUAUUUAACGGCAAUGUGGACAAAGAGAACUACGAACCACGAACUCUUGUUGAUCGUACCUUGGAGCUCAUAGAUCCCACUCCAAACAUCUACACUUUAUUUAUUCAGUUUAAUGAACGCUUCUUUUGGAACAAGCUAUUACCUGUUGAAGUUCGGUGGAGUCCUAGAAUGACUUCUUGUGCAGGGAUUUGUAGUUUUCAUCCUCGGAAUAAGCAGUGUGUCAUUGCACUCAGUGCUCCAUUACUGAAAUUAAGACCAAGAAAAGACCUUGUCGAAACCCUUUUGCAUGAGAUGAUCCAUGGGUAUUUAUUUUUGACAAAUAAUGACAGAGAUAGAGAUGGGCAUGGUCCACAGUUUUGUAAACACAUGAAUAGAAUAAAUCAAGAAGCUGGAACCAAUAUAACGAUUUAUCAUAGUUUUCACGAGGAGGUUAAAUUAUAUCAACAACACUGGUGGAGAUGCGACGGACCUUGCCAACAUAAAGCACCUUAUUUUGGUACUGUGCGACGAUCGAUGAAUCGAGCACCAGGACGAAAUGAUUUUUGGUGGAACGAGCAUCAACUUACGUGUGGAGGAAAAUUCAUUAAGGUUCGCGAGCCCGAGAAACCAAAGAUAAAGGGGAAAAAAAUUAAUAGUAAAGAUUCUAAAUCUAGUACACCAGAAGGGAAGAAGCUAAGUAACUGGUUGAUAAAGACUGAUACGACUGAUAAAAGAGUUACACCUCCAACAGAAAUGAGACCCCCAGUUACAUCUUUACAAACUCGGAAUGAAACUGGCAAUAUUCAUGAUAUAAAUAGAACUAAAAAUAAAACUGAUUAUCCAGACAAGAGCAAAGGAAUUCCACCUGCAGGAAUAAUGAAAAUUGGAAGUAAUGCAAAUAAGGUUUUUGGAUGGGGUACUGGAGGACCGAAUGGCUGCAGGGAUUCAAAACCAACUAAUUUAUCUACUAUAAAACCUAUUGGCAAUUCUACACCAAAGUCUGAUUCUAAAUCAACACCAAAAUUAUUGUUUUCUGGUGUUGUUGGUGGUUCAGGUACAGGAAAGAGCAAUUUGGUGGACAAAUACUCUGAAAAUUCUCACUUAAAUCACGUUAAUCAAAAGUUGUUACAUGAAAGUCGGAAAGGCUUAAAGAGUCCUUUACGCACUGCUUCAAGUUUAAGUAGUACAGAAGUUCCUAAUAAAAAGUUGAAAGUGAAUGUAGAAAAGGAUAAUGAAAACGUUAAUUGUCCUGUAUGUAAUAUGAGGUUUGCGGUUGCAAAAUUGAACAAGCACCUUGACGAAUGCUUAUCGAUUUGUGAUACAGAGAGUUACGCUACACCAGAUACAUCGUGUCAGAUAUCCACCAGCAGUAAUUGUCUCCCUUCCAGCAGUUGCAGUUCCUCAGUAAUAAUAAUAGAUGAUUCCGAUACUACAGACAGACAUAAAGGCUCACAUGAAAGUCAGUCAGAUUCAAGGCAAUUCAAAACAAAUGAUAAUCCAGACUCCGAAAGUGCAGUGAACUGCCCAACAUGCAAUGUACCGGUUCUAAGUGCAAAAAUUAAUGAACAUCUUGACGAGUGUCUAACAAAUUUGAUGCUGACUCAAGAAUGUAUACAAGAUGAUAAACCUGAUAACAUUGACAGGUCUUCACUGACUCUGGGAGUAUUUAUGGAAACGGAUAGUCCUAAUAGUAUAAACUUGAUCAGUUUGGAUGAGUCUUCUGUUAGUGAUUCUGUACUUUCAGGCAAAGAGGAAUCAUUAACAAUUUCAUCUAAAAUGUACAAGUGUUUAGUUUGUAACAGUAUUAUUGAGUCCACGGUUCCCUUGAAAGAUCACCUAGAAGAUUGUGUUGCAAGUGUAUUUAAUGAUGAAUCUUCAUCGUUCACUGACUUUAACACGAAGGACAAAAGUGCAGAACAGGUGGCUAAAUUUCCUUGCCCAAUUUGUAUGGAAGUUAUCUGGGAGAAAGAGAUGAAUCACCAUUUGGAUGGAUGCCUUACAAAGAACGUCUAGUGAUGUGAUAUAUAGUGGUUCAAAUGAACAUCUAAAUAUAUUGUGAGAGAAGUAAGUUCAUCCAAACAGAUUAGUUUUGUUAGGCACAAAUAUUUAUUUUAUUUUAUGUUCACGAAAAUCUGAAAUAGUUUUGUUUAGUUUUACAAAACCCAUGCUUGAACUUGCAUAGCGCAUGGUAUUAGGAAAUUGCUAACAAACUUACUGUAUUAUUUAGUCUUAGUUUGUUUCUCUACUUAAAUGAUAAUAUUUUUAUAAAACCUUUAUUUUAAAGUUUCUCGUAUGAGAUCGCAGUGUCAAAGUCAUGUGCAGUACAAACACCACAAGUAAAUCCUCGAAUAUAGUUUGGGAAGAACAAGAAUACCUGCUCUUGAGUCCAAUGUAUGAACACUAAAUUUACAAACAUAACGUCAACUGUUUUCCCAUCUAGUCUUAAACUGUAACAAUAAGAAAAAUAUAUUAUUGAAACCGU